AUGAAAUUACUAUUUAACAUUGCCUUGAUUUUCUCAUUAAUCUAUUGUAUAAUUGCUUCUAAUGGUAUUUUAUAUUAUACUACUGUUGUUACAUUUGGUGAUUCGACAAGUGAUACCGGUAAUGCAUAUCGAAUCUCAAAUCAUACAUGGCCACCUGUACCUCCAUUCAAUUCAAAUGGUGGUUUUGCAGAUAAUCUUCUUUGGAAUCAAAUAUUAACUCAACAAUUAUUACAUAAUACUACAUUACAAGAUUAUUCCUAUGGUAGUGCUACAACUGAUAAUGAAUUAGUUCAAGGUACAAUGGAUCGUUCUCCAAAUUUAAUUGUUGAUUAUUUAAUUCGAAAUAGUACAAUACCACCAAGUGUUCGACAACAAAUAUUUCAAUAUAUUAGUAAAACAAUAAAUGAAACAAUUGAUUUUGAUCAAACACUCUAUGUUAUUUGGGUUGGUAGUAAUAAUUAUUAUUUUAAUGAAUCAUUAACACCAUUACAAACUGUUGAAAGUAUAAUUAAAUGUUUAAAUUUAUUAAUAUUUUUUGGUGCAAGAAAUUUAGUUAUUAUUAAUGAACCACCUUUUGAUCGAUAUCCAGGAUUUCGAAAUAAAAAUACAACAAAUACAACAAAAUAUUUAUAUAUUCAACAUAAUGAAAUUUUAUCACAAAGAAUAAAUGAAAUUUAUUUAUCAAAUUAUAGUCGACUUCGUAUACGUUUAUUUGAUAGUUAUACAUUUAUAUCAAAAAUUUUGGAUAAUUAUAUAAAUUAUGGAUUUGAAAAUUUAGAUAAUUGUUGGGAUACACAAAGUGAUUCACUUGUUAUAAUAAGAUGUCAAAAUAUAACAAAAAAAAUAUUUACUGAUGAAUAUCAUUUAACAUCAGUAAUGCAAACAUUACUUGCAAACGAAUUUUAUUUUAAAUUAGCAGGAUCAAAUUCAACAUCAAAAGGAAUAAGUUUUAUAUCAAUGAAUUUUCAUUUAUUUAUUGUUGUAAUUUGUAUAAUGUUUCUUUUAAAAUAA